AUGUCUGUAACCUGGAUCCUGGUUCUCUGCCUCGGUGUCUUUCUGCUGCUGUCGGAACCCGCGGGCAGCGAAGGGGCUGUUCCCAUAGCUAUUACAUGCUUUACCAGAGGCCUAGACAUCAGAAAAGAGAAAGCAGAUGUUCUCUGCCCAGGGAGCUGCCCUCUUGAGGAAUUUUCCGUGUUUGGAAACAUAGUGUAUGCGUCUGUGUCAAGCAUCUGUGGCGCUGCUAUCCAUAGGGGAGUAAUCAACAUCUCAGGGGGACCUGUGCGAGUGUAUAGCCUACCAGGUCGAGAAAACUAUUCCUCAGUAGUUGCCAAUGGCAUCCAGUCUCAAAUGCUUUCCAGAUGGUCUGCUUCUUUCACAGUGACUAAAGGCAAAAGUGGUUCCCAGGAAGCCACGGGACGAGCAGUGUCCACAGCACGUCCACCAACAGGUAAACGAUUGAAGAAAACACCUGAGAAGAAAACUGGCAAUAAAGACUGCAAGGCAGAUAUUGCAUUUCUGAUUGAUGGAAGCUUCAAUAUUGGGCAGCGCCGAUUUAAUUUACAGAAGAACUUUGUUGGGAAAGUGGCUCUGAUGUUGGGAAUUGGAACAGAAGGACCACAUGUGGGUCUUGUUCAAGCCAGUGAACACCCCAAAAUAGAAUUUUACCUGAAAAACUUUACAUCAGCCAAAGAUGUUUUGUUUGCCAUAAAGGAAGUAGGUUUCAGAGGGGGUAAUUCAAACACAGGGAAAGCUUUGAAGCAUACAGCCCAGAAAUUCUUCACAGCAGACACUGGAGUGAGAAAAGGGAUCCCCAAAGUGGUCGUAGUGUUUAUUGAUGGCUGGCCUUCUGAUGACAUUGAGGAAGCGGGCAUUGUGGCCAGAGAGUUUGGUGUGAAUGUAUUUAUAGUUUCAGUAGCCAAGCCUAUCCCUGAAGAACUGGGGAUGGUUCAGGAUGUUGCAUUUGUUGAUAAGGCAGUCUGUCGGAACAAUGGCUUCUUCUCUUACCAUAUGCCUAACUGGUUUGGCACCACCAAGUAUGUAAAGCCUCUAGUACAGAAACUCUGUACUCAUGAGCAAAUGAUGUGCAGCAAGACCUGCUAUAACUCUGUGAACAUUGCCUUCCUUAUUGAUGGCUCCAGCAGUGUUGGAGAUAGUAAUUUUCGUCUAAUGCUAGAAUUCAUUUCCAACAUAGCUAAGACUUUUGAAAUCUCUGAUAUUGGUGCCAAGAUAGCUACUGUACAGUUCACCUAUGAUCAACGCCCAGAAUUUGGUUUCACAGAUUAUAGCACCAAAGAGAAUGUCCUCGCGGUUAUUAGAAACAUCCGUUAUAUGAGUGGUGGAACAGCUACUGGGGAAGCGAUUUCCUUUACUGUCAGAAAUGUGUUUGGUCCCAUGAGGGAUAGUCCCAACAAGAACUUCCUAGUAAUUGUCACUGAUGGGCAGUCCUACGAUGAUGUCCGAGGCCCUGCUGCUGCUGCACAUGAUGCAGGCAUCACCAUUUUCUCUGUUGGCGUGGCUUGGGCACCUUUGGAUGAUCUGAAAGAUAUGGCCUCUAAACCAAAGGAAUCUCAUGCUUUCUUCACAAGAGAGUUCACAGGAUUGGAACCCAUUGUUUCUGAUGUAAUCCGAGGCAUUUGUAGAGAUUUCUUAGAAUCUCAGCAGUAA